AUGGUGUUUUACAAAGUCACGUUAAGCAGAUCGCUCAUCGGCAUGCCACACACAACGAAGAGCAUUGUCAAAAGCUUGGGUUUAGGUAGGAGAGGGUCCAUAGUCUAUAAAAAAGUGAACCCGGCCAUAGCUGGCUCCCUAGCUAAAGUGAAAGAAUUGGUUAAAGUUGAAGUCACAGAGCACGAGUUAACACCAUCUCAACAGCGAGAGUCAAGGAAGUCAAACCCUGGGUUUAUAGUGGAGAAGAGAACCAUCGUCUGA